AAAAGAAGUUAAACUCCAGUAAUUUUAUCAGCACUUCUAAGAAUGCUCUGAUGAUUGCUAUUGGGGGUAAUGAUUCAAUCCUGGAUAAUUCUCCAGUUUGUGGAGGUCAAUACAAUACAACAGAUGGUGGAAUGGGAUAUGAUUAUUACAUGAACAUGAGUUACUGUGAGGGAAACAUAACUGAACAAUGUGUAAACAGUGCAGGUUCAGAACAGAAUCAAACCCUCAUGGAUGAUUGCUUGUCCCUUCUCACUAAUUUGUCGAUUGAUUAUCAGGCCUGCUUGAACAAAACGAGCUCUUCAGAUCAAUGCACAUGUUUUAGCCAAAUAGAAGAUUACCCACGACGGUUCUCCAACUGCAGUAAAUUAAGUAAGUUAAACUAAAAAUUAUUUAUAUAUAUAUAUUUGUAAACAUCUUUAAUUAAAUGGA